AUGGAAAAAUUAAAAACUUUUCCAGAAGCAAAGCAGUAUUUCACAGAAGUUUGGUCUCCUGAAAGGAAACGGGUUAUUGCAAAUCUAACAAACAUCAAAGAAAUUGUCCAAGAGCAAGCCAAACUUUAUUCUCUGGUUUCCAUAGGAUGCUCGAGUAUCGGGAUUCUUGGCGGAGGACUGACACUAGUUGGUAUAGUCACUGCUCCGUUAACACUAGGCGUGUCCCUCGGAUUUACCGAAGCUGGCAUCGCUACAGGGGUAACAUCCGGAGCUGCAGGACUUAUCUAUGGAUGUAUCAAACUCGGAAUCGUUAAAAAGAAAUUCAGUGAUGCAAACUUUUGCCUUGAGAACCAUAAUAGAACGUCUGCAAAAAUGAAAGAUUUAAUAAGAGUACUGAGAGAGGAGGGUGAAAGUUUAGAAGCCAUAAUAAAAGACAACAGGGAUUUGGAAGUGUCUUUGGCAUUUCAGGAAAUUAAACGUGUCGGAGAAGCUAUAUCCGUUGUCACAGAAAUAUGA